GAACAUCGAUUCGUCGCCGAUCGUCGGUAGCGCGCGCGCGUGACAGUACAAGAGAAAAGCCACCGGUGCCUAAUUGUGUUCCCCUAAUCGCGCUGAGAAUGAAAUUCAUCCCUUGCCUGACACAAUACGAUAGUGGCAAGAGUAGUAGCGGUAGCAACGGUAGUAGUAGUAGUAACAAUAGCAGUGGUGUAUCAUUUCGGCGUGACAGUACCGGGAAAGCGAGCAGGACGUACAACCGGCAAGAUCACCGGAUAUUAUAAGAUACACACGCUUACCGUGCAAACCCGAUUUACACGACUCUUGCGAAUUUACGCGCGCGCGCGCGUGCGCGCAGCUUCACCUCCGCAUACAUUCGUUCGCACGACGAGUAACAAGGAACAGUGAAAAGUUUACGCAAGUGUAAAUAUAGUGAAAAUAUAAUAUAUUUAUAUAUAAAUAUAUACGAUAGUUGAGAUAUAUAUAUAAUCGAACGUGUCUUGUCUUCAAGAGUGAUCGGAGUGAAGUGCAAAGUGUGUUCAUACGGAUUCGAUUGAAUCUUUGGUGGAUAUUGAUCGGCUAUUAAUAAUGGAUGUAAUGCAUAGUUGGAGCUACGUCACGCGGGAGAUGCGUAUGCGUAGGAAAAGAUUGUCACCAGAUUACCAUCUCCAGGCAAUAUGUGCUUAUCAGGCGCAGGUGAAAAUCAAUGCCCUCAUAGAGGAACAUUCCACGGAAGACGAGAAGAACGAGUUACGGGAGGACGACCCACGUUGCGAUGAUAUUUGGUCUGAGCCGAAAAUGACCGAGGAAGAAGUGGAAUCAUGUAAAAGGGAAAAAGACUGGACGGAAAGGAGAAAGUAUGACGAGGUGGAUGACAAAAUCAGAAAGUUGGAGAAUAGGAAUUUUUUUCAAAACAAAGACAUGUGCAACAGAUAUGACUCCUUCGUUACCUGCUGGAAUGACUGUUCGGCGUUGCGCAUUACUGGCAAGGCCUACAAGGAUUUAACUGGCCGCGAAACGUGUUGUCCCGAGUAUCCUUUGCACAAGAUAUUCUUGCGAAAAGACUCUCUCAAUCGUACGUUGAACUCGCUCAAUCCGUUGGUUAUGAAUACGAAUACGCCCGACAAUCGCUGCACCAAUGAAGACCAUAUUAGCAGUAAACCGACGUUAGUAAGACAGAACGCACAAUGGUGGUCGAGGGGUCAAAGAAUAACACCGAGAAGGAGCAUUCUGAAAGCACAUGCAGCACAAGCCUUAGUCAAUACUACGAUUCUAUCUGCGGCACAUUCGUUGGCGAAUACGCCGUCGAAUAAUUCCCGUCAAGAUUCUACUCGAAUUGUUAUCAAGAAUCUUGAGAGCGACGGCGACUCACCGAGAUCUGCAUCGCCCCAGAGUUCCGAAGCAGACGAGGACGAAUCGAUUUUCCGAAACGGUCAAAUCAAGGUACAUGAGAAGUUAUCCGAGUAUAUAUCGGAGGGGGCGGCAUCGGCGAGCAGAGACACGUCGGGGUCGGGGAGCGAGAGCCCCGAUCAGCAGGUCAGGCGGCCUUAUAUCCAGAGGAAGGAGAAGGAAAGUCGAGAGACAGAAAGGAAAGAACGAGAGGUGUCGGUGGAGAGCGACACCAUCAAGAACAACACCCUCAACGAUCAUUGCUACCAUCAAUCCAGAAGUAUGGAGCGAUUAAGACGACAGACAUUUUCCGAAACCGACGAGGAGGAGGAGAUCGACGUGGUGUCGUAUGAGAAGAAAGCGACAUACUUAAACUUUGCGCAGAAGCAACACGAUGCAAAUCAACUGGCCUUGAACUUCCCGGAGAAACAACACAAUGCAAAUCAGCUGGCCUUGAACUUCGCAGAGAAGCAACACAAUGCAAAUAAGCUGGCCACGAACAUAGACAAGACAACCGUGCGCCGACCCCGCGGUAGACCACCAGGCCCGAACUCUGCAAAACGAAAGAGAAACGCACAAAUCAGCUCCAAUGAGGCAUCCGGCCCCCCUCCGAAGCAAGCCCGCGUGCAAACCUAUCAACGGGGGCAGAAACGGCAAAAAUGUGCGAGGCAGUGGCGGACUCAGACCUUUGAGGACGAUGACGAGGAGGACAAGAGGAAUCUGCAUAACAACAUGGAGCGACAGCGGCGAAUAAGCAUGAAGAACUUCUUCGAUGUGUUGAAGCAACAUGUGCCAGCGAUCGCGAAUAAAGAGAGAGUUGCCAAGGUGACUAUUUUGAGGCAGGCCAAGGCGUAUAUCAACACGCUAGAAGCUGAGGACAUUGUCAGUCUGCCGGAGAGAAAAAAGUUGGAAAGGCAACAGCAGAUACUCAGAAAAAAGCUCGAGGAGCUCCAGCGGGCACAAAACAGGAUGCUUCGUUUGCAGCGGCGAUAUUGAAGGAGGAAAAUCCGUGAGCAGUCUCGUGGCGGGAACGGCAUCGAUUUCGCACGACACAAACGAUAUCGACGUGCGAAUCGAAUGCGAUAUAAAAUCCGGCCAUAACAGUUGUGGAAAGAGACGUAAUGCACGCCAAAGACCUUAAAACUGUGUGAGGCUGUGAAACGGAAACACGAUAUUACUAUUUAGGGGAGUGCAAGUGAUGACAGAGUGAAUGCGCGUAUUCUGAGAUAAAAUUCGAAGAAAUAAACGAGAGAGAGAUAGGAAAGAGUGUUAUUGUAUAAUUUUUUUUAUAUGUCUAUUCUUAAUGUGCGGAUUUUACACAGCUGUUUCGUUACAACGACGAGACAGCAUCGCUGACGACCAAGUGCGCGUAAAGGUAACGGAACUGUCGAUAUUAAUUUUUUACGGGCACUAAAAUGAUCAGCCAUUGUUGAGAUAACGAUUGACGUGAUAAAUUAUGCGAAAGUCAAAAACUUCUUCGAUCCGUUCAAUGACAAUUCUCGCUUGAUACCACUUUGAUCGGCUUGAUCGAAGAUAUUCUCUGGUAUCUUGUCUUUAAUAUCGCGUUUCUUUAGCGAUUCGCUUCAAUCUUUACGCAAAACGUCCGACCUGCUGCACCUCAGCGAGUCAUUGGAUGCGGACGCAUUUUAAUUUCCGUCGCGUAGAUAAAGCGAAUCGGUUGAACGGACGGAGGAGGCCUUAUCACGAUAUUGCUCAACAACCUGACUACCGAUUCCCAACCGGUUCGCCAGUCUUGGGGUGUGUUUGUACCCGUUCUAACCACUUUAUAGAGACAUACGCAUAUGCGUAUAUUUAUAUAUGUAUGUACAAAAUAGAAAGAAAGAAAAGUAAAAAAAAAGUGAGAAAAACGCCUACUUCGGUCGCUGGCAAUCGAUUCUUUUCCAAAACCUAUACCGAUAACCAGGAAAAAGAGUUGCUUGAGUUCUUCAUAUCAUCGAAACAGAAAAAGCGAACCGUGCUCGCGCGCGAUAAAUCGAUGAUUAUCGUCAUUCGAGAUCUCAAGUUUAACUCUUUUGUGCGCGUUAUUAUGAACAUUUAAUUAUCCCGGACUGUGUGAAUUUGGCAAAAUCAAUGACGUGAAAUUGACGAUGACAAUUCGUCAGUAAGAAUACGAGAAGAGGUAUUCUUUUUGGUGAUGAGUAUAUAAAGACUCAAAAUCCUCAAAACAUAAGACAAACUUUUCUCUUCGAGAUUUCGUUCUCAGGUAUUCAGCGCAUUCAAAGUUCUCUUUUUAAUUGCGCUCUACAUGGACAUGAUUGGUACCUAGUUUAAGGGCACGAAUUAACUGAUUGUAUCUCCCUUCUUUUCUCCCGUAUUUCCUCGCGAUUUAAUUUCUGCGGAAAAGGUCUCUUAGGCGAUGACCGUCGCGCGACCUUGAUAAAAACAAGUCUCCCUGCCUCGAGCCUUCUUUAGCAACCUGUGCGAAAGGUUAAAUAGCUGCUUUCGGCUAUGCACAACCUAACUAAGUGGAAUAAGUAAAUAGGUAGGUAGAAACACGAAGCAUGAGAUGAUGAGUUAGUCAAGAAGAUAGAUAGAUAGAAAUAGUUCACAGAUUAUCGACGCAUAAACUAUGUGUGGCGUCUUCAUUAUUUGUUUCACAUUGUGUCGCUUCA